UCGCACGAUACUUUGUUUCCAGUCGAUCUUCUAUGCGUGCAGCACACUUCCGGAUGAAGUCCGUGGCGCGUAUGAGUGAGUGCUUGAUAGGCUGCCGUGCAGAAGUCUGAUGCUCAGCGCAGGAAACAGGAAAUGCUUGACUAUAUACACUUUUCACAAAUGAAAUAUGGACAAGCUGGAAGGUUACUACUUCUCAGGCCUGUUAAGCGGCUGCUUUCUGCUCUCCAGCUUACUUUUCACCAAAAUAACCCAUCAACAGAAGGAUCCUUACAUGGAUGAGAUCUUUCACAUCCCCCAAGCACAACUUUAUUGCCAAGGCCACUUUAACCAGUGGGAUCCAAUGAUCACAACCCUUCCUGGCUUAUACCUAGCUUCUGUUGGCAUGGUCAAACCAGCUGCUUGGCUGCUUGGAUGGAGUGAAAAUGUGGUUUGCUCUUGUGGGAUGCUGCGCUUCGUUAACCUUCUUUUCAACUUAGGCAAUUUAUAUGUGCUCUAUUUAAUUCUUUGCAAGAUAAACUGCAAAACCAAGGUAUCAAGCCUCAAAAAAAUCUUGUCCACCCUGACUUUAUAUGUUUUUCCAACUUUCUAUUUUUUCACAUUUCUCUACUAUACAGACACCGGAUCGACCUUUUUUGUUCUCUUUGCAUACUUAAUGUGCCUGUAUGGGAACCAUAAAUGCGCAGGUCUCUUGGGUCUGUGUGCUUUCUUUUUUCGUCAGACAAACAUCAUAUGGAUUAUAUUCUGUGCUGGAAAUGUCAUUUCAGAAAAACUAACAGAAGCAUGGAAAACUCAACUCAAGAAACAAGAUGAAAAGCCUUCUGCGAGGGGAUCAUUUUCUGAAGCAAUGGAAGCAUUAGUGUUUCUUUUCCAGUACUGCUUGUCUGUGAGGAAUAUUAUCAUACUUGUCCAACUAACAUGGCCAUAUAUCACGUUAGUUCUUGGGUUUUUUGCUUUUCUGGCAUUUAAUGGUGGAAUAGUUGUUGGAGAUAAAACAAGUCAUGAGGCCUGCUUAAACUUCCCACAGCUUUUCUAUUUUUUUGCUUUUACACUUAUUUUUUCAUUUUCUCAUCUCUUUUCUCCCCAAAAGCUAAAGGACUUCAUUAAAUCUGUUUUGAAGCGACCUCUUAUUUAUAUGGCAUUAGCUGGCAUCUCAGUAAUUCUAAUUUGGAAAUUCACCCAUGUCCAUAAAUAUUUGCUAGCCGAUAACCGCCACUACACUUUCUAUGUAUGGAGGAAAAUCUUCCAGCGACAUGAGUUGGUAAAAUACUUGUUAGUUCCAGGCUAUCUCUUUGCUGCAUGGAGUCUUGCAGACAGUUUGAAGGGCAAGUCAGUUUUCUGGUUAGUAAUGUUUUACUCCUGUUUGCUGGCUGCUGUAGUCCCUCAAAAAUUGCUAGAGUUUCGUUAUUUUAUUGUGCCAUACCUUAUCUUUAGGCUAAAUAUACCCAUUCCUUCAGUAUCUAAGAUCCUCUUCGAGCUAGCACUGUAUGUGGCGGUGAACAUAUUUUCUUUUUACUUAUUUCUACAUAAAACUUUCCAGUGGCCUGAUAGUGAUCAAGUUCAGAGAUUUAUGUGGUAAACCAAUGGACCAUUCCUACAACUAUUGCAUUAAAAGUUCUGAAGCUUUCUUUUCACUCCAUUCUGACAUGCUGCAUGGCCAGUAAUUUCAAACUGCAUAAAUAAGAUGGAUUGGGAAUAGAGGCCUCUAAUUUUUUGUGCAUAAUGCAGUGGCUAAAGGGUUAAUGAAUACUGUUGCUCACUUCCCUUUUCUAUUCAUGUUCAGUUAAGAAACCUUUAUAAUAAAUUCAUGUAAAAUUGAUCAUAAAGAGAGACAAUUUUUUCUGAUGUUGCUCUCUUUAGGGAAGAUAUCAGGACCUCAGACAACUUUUCUCAUGUCCAGUAGAGGGUCCCCUUUAGGUCUAUCUGGGAGAUCUCCUGGGGCCCAGGGUAAUUAAGGAAACUUCAAAAGUGCAUAUAGUAGCACUCUGAUCAAUUGCACAUUCAUUUAGUUUGAAAUGUUAAAUUUCCUUUAAACUUAUGGGUAUAGGUCCUGUUCUAUUGUCUAUUUAGAAUGCCUUGCUUAUGCAUACACAUGUAUUUAUCAAUAUACAUGAGAGCUGCUGCCAUCUCUGUGCUCCACUGAAAUAUUUCAUUAGUAAACAAGUACAAUUCAUGAAUCGCUGUCUACUUUCUUUGGCAGCUCAGGAGAGCCAGCAGAACGUUUAACUUUUCACAGGACAAGAGGCACAGCCAAACACUGCCUUGUGGGUACAGUCCCAUGUUACCCUGUUUUGGUACAUUGUCUGCCAGCAACAAGCUGUGCUAUGAGGCUCCCAUGCACUGCAGGUUUUUUGCAUGCUUUUGCCGGUCAGUGAAGCUAAACACUGAAACUUAUAUAAAAUGCAGGGAGAGAGAAGCAGGGCAUAUGCUAAUAGGGGUAUUUAUUAAGACUCCAAUUUUUCUCAUUAUUUUAAAAAAUAAAAAUUCAACCUAACUCCCAACCACGAUUUGGCUUAUUUUACUAAAAAAUUAAAAUAGUAUGCGUGGGAAAAGUCGCAACAAAAUCAUGCGACAAUUCGAAACGUUUAACUUUUUUCACUUGUCGUCUGUAAACCACACUUUUUUUUAUUUUUGAACAAAAACCAUCGUCAAACAUCCCAAAACCCUAGAAAAUCAUGAAGGCAAAAAACAAGGCACAUCUGUCACUUACUUUUACAUGACUUCGACAGGUUUUAGAUAUAUUAGUAUUUUGGGAUUUUUAUCAGCUUUGGAUCAUAAUGAAUCUCGAAAAAAAUUCCCGUUUUUUCCCCUCAAAAAAUUCUGCUUUUUUUCCCUUAAAAACAUGACCAGAAAAAGCUUAAGAAGUAGGCCCCUAACUGUUACAUUGCCUAGCAUCUCUGUUUAAAGGAGAAUUCAACCCGUAACUAAAAAACACCCUACCCUACUUGGACCCCCCCUCCCUGCUCCUCCCCAGCCUAGCUGCUACAACAGGGAAAUGUCCUUAAACUUACCCCUCGUUGCAGAUUCAGGGAUCCCAGUUCACCGCAGCCAUCUUUUGGGUCUAAGUGUCUUUUUCCGGCGAUUCAGCAAUUUCCGUUCAUUUCGGUGCAUGCACAGUUGUCGCAAACUGGUGAAUUGCUCCAACUGCAUGUGCUGGUCUCAGUCAUCCCGAAAGAUGGCUGCAGGGACCUGCGAUCCCUGAAUCUGCGCCGAGGGGUAAGUAAAAAGUUAGGGGAAUUUCCCUGGGGGUAGCUAGGCUGUGGGGGAGGAGGGAGGGGGUUCUACGUAGAGUAGGGGGCGGGGUAGGGUUUUCCAGUUGAAUUCUACUUUAACUGUACUAAGUGAAUGCAAUUUUAUGUACAGGUGUGGGACCUGUUCUCCAGAAUGCUUGGGACCUGGGGUUUUUACAGAUAAGGAAUCUUUACAUAAUUUGGAUCUCCAUACCUUAUGUUUACUAUAAAAACAUGUAAAUAUGAAAUAAUGGCUUGCUUUUCUCUAAAUAAGGAUUACAAAUAUCUUGGUUUGGAUCAAGUACACCUCAUCUCUUGAGAUCCUUCUUCCUAAACAUCUCUUGGCAUUUAAGUAUUAAUAUGAGCAUUUUCCCAGUCCAAAACAGUUUAAUUUAAAUAAUUUAAAGAAGCACAUGAAUCAAUUCUGUAGCCUUCUGGACUGAGGCAAUCAUUGCUGAUGCAACUACAUAAAAGAUAACUCUUUGCACUUCAGUAAGAGUAGCUGCUUUUAUGGUUAUGUGAGGUGUUAUGUGAAGUUUUUGAAUGUGAUAGGACAUGUUCUGUUAGGUUACUUAAAUUCCUAUAAUAAUAUGGGCCACUAGAUAGCAGCCUUUAACCGUCUUUGUUCCGGUGACAUUCCUUUCAAUGAUGGAAUUAUUCUUUUUAUGUCAAUUAUUGGUGAUAAAUCCCUAUUUUCUUUUCACUGUGCUGAACUGGUGAAACAUACAAAUGUAUAUUUUGAAAUAAAAUCUUUUUGUUUUCA